ACCGAGGGGAUGCCUUUAUCCACUCAAGCUCAGUCCAAACUAACUACAGCAAUGGCGAAGCCGGGAGUUUUGACGUGUGUACAAUCUCCAAUCCGACCUCGUCGAUCUCUCUAUACGUCUGCUUGUUCGAAUUCGGAAAACGCCCUUAGCUGUACACGGCGGAAAUCUCUAAUUUUCUUUGCUUCUUCUCUGCUGGCCUCAUCUGCGCCCUUUCCCCAUGCGCCAAGUCUCUCUUGUUUUCUAUCACCUUCCAUUGCCCAGGAGGUGGACGAGCUUGAUCAGGAAGAAACUCGUGUGGUUCGAAUUUUCCAGGAAACAUCAUCCUCUGUUGUUUACAUCAAGGACUUUGCAUUAUCUAGCAUCCCUCAAAGCACUUCAGAAAUUGGUCUGGAUGAAGAAGAUAAUGGAAAAGUUGAAGGGUCUGGUUCUGGUUUUAUUUGGGAUGAAUUCGGUCACAUUGUUACUAAUUACCAUGUAAUUUCCAAAUUAGCAACUGAUACAAGUGGCUUACAUCGUUGUAAGGUAUCUUUUGUUGAUUCUCAAGGCAGCAACAUAACUUCAAAUGCCAAGAUAGUUGGUUACGAUCCUGACUAUGAUCUGGCCGUUCUUAAGGUUGAUGCCGUUGGAAUUGAAUUGAAGCCUGUGGCUAUUGGGAAAUCGCAUGCCCUUCGAGUGGGACAGAGCUGCUUCGCUAUCGGAAAUCCAUAUGGAUAUGAAAACACUCUAACCACCGGGAUCAUCAGCGGAUUGGGCAGAGAGAUCCCCUCGCCAAAUGGAAGAGCCAUUCGUGGAGCCAUCCAAACGGAUGCUUCUAUAAACGCUGGGAAUUCUGGCGGGCCGUUGAUCGAUUCGUAUGGUCAUGUGAUUGGAGUUAAUACAGCUACAUUCACUCGCAAAGGCAGUGGAAUGUCUUCUGGCGUGAACUUCGCAAUACCAAUUGACACUGUUGUUCGCGCCGUGCCUUACCUUAUUGUGUAUGGAACUCCAUAUUCGAAUCGCUAUUGAAAAGCAUGCCAAAGACACCUAUUCACGGGGACUGGUUUUGUAUGUGAAAUCCACUUGCGGGUACUAUUAACUUCAAUAGUGUCUUUUUUUAGGUUUACAUAUGCAAGUGUUGAUUUAAUCAUUGGUCUGUAUCAGAUGCAUAUGUAUAUAUUAGCUCUUGUUAUCUAAUGUUGUGCUCAUGCAAAGCAUAUGUUUGUCAA